GCACCACAGCAGCAUGCCGGCCGUCGAGAAGCCUGCGUCGUCGUGGCUGGGCCGCGAGCUGCUCUUCGUCGGCGCCCUCGUCUUCAUGCACGCGGCGUGGAGCGUGUACGAGAACGUGGCGGUGCGCAAGAGUCUGGGUCUGGAGAGCGCAGCGGUGCCAAUUGAUAUGACAAUCGAGGCUGUGGUGGCUCUGCUCCUCAUCGCGGGUGGACUCAUGCUUGGCUCAGCGCCGCUGCGCGAGAUUACCUGGGCGAGCGAGUAUCGAUCACGCACCAUUGCCGACGUCGACGCGCGGAGCAGCUUCGCCACGCUCAACCAUCGAGGACCGGCGAUCUUUGGCGCGGCUUAGGCGAG